GGGGAGCACAGGCUGUGGGCUUAGAUCUAAGUAACUGUUACAUGUAUGGGGACUUGUAGCAUAAGUGAGGAGGGACUAGUGGGGGUUUAAGCCCCACAUAUAGGGCUGGGCUCUGAACCCCCCCCCCCAAGGGGUUAGCAGGGUGUGGGGCUAAGCAAGGAGAGGGCCCUGAGCCCUAGAGCCACCCAGUGAGGCCAGGCAGGAGCCCCCUCAUUCAGCCUGUGGAUGCUGUGCUCCUGGAGAUGAUGCCACCUGAAGAGGAGAGCCCUGAUGGGGAAGGGGACAGGGACAAUGCCCUCGUCCUCCUGCAAGGCCUGAAGAGCGGCAGCACCCGGAAGCAGGGCUGUGACCCCUUUGCGCAGACCCAGCGCAGCAAACUGCAGCAUCGCCGGGCACGGAUUAACCAGCAGAUCAACAAGGAGAUGAGGAUGCGAGCAGGGGCAGAAAACCUCUUCAGGGCCACCAGUAACCACAAGGUCAAAGAGACAGUUGCCCUGGAGCUGAGCUACGUGAACUCCAACCUGCAGCUGCUGAAGGAGGAGCUGGAGGAGCUGAACAGCAGCAUGGAUGUGUACCAGAAUGACAGUGAGUCCAUCAGCGUCCCCAUGAUCCCUUUGGGUCUGAAGGAGACGAAGGAGCUGGAUUUGCUGGCACCACUGAAGGAUUUCAUCAGUGAACACUAUGGAGAGGAGGGCAUGUUGUUUGAGAAAGAAAUCAAAGAGUUCAUGGAGCUGAGGCAGGCGAUGCGCACCCCAAGCCGCAAUGAAGCUGGGCUGGAGCUCUUGAUGGAGUAUUACAACCAGCUCUACUUCCUUGACAGCCGUUUCUUCCCUCCCACCAAAAGCCUGGGUGUUUAUUUCCACUGGUACGACUCCCUGACUGGGGUCCCAUCCCACCAGCGAGCACUGGCCUUCGAGAAGGGCAGUGUGCUCUUCAACAUUGGAGCUCUGCACACCCAGAUUGGAGCACGGCAGGACCGUGCCUCCCUGCCAGGGCUCAACCAGGCCAUCGAUGCCUUCCAGAAGGCAGCAGGUGCCUUUAAUUACUUGAAGGAGAACUUCUCCAAUGCUCCCAGCUUGGAUAUGAGCUCUGCUUCUCUGAACAUGCUGGUGCGGCUGAUGGUUGCCCAGGUCCAGGAGUGUGUCUUUGAGAAGACGACACUGCUGCGUGCCCAGCACGACUUCCUCACACAGCUCCAGCUCGCUCAGGAGGCAGCAAGGGUAGAAGAUGUCUACUCUCUGGUUCACCAGACAAUGACCCAGGCCCAUGUGAAGGAUUACGUUCCCUUCUCUUGGACCACCAUGGUCCAUGUCAAAUCGGAGCAUUUCAAAGCGCUUUCCCACUACUUCGCUGCCAUUGCCCUCUGUGACUGCCCUGCGGCAUCUGAUGCUGAACUGCCAGAGCAGGAGAAGGCUUUUAUCCAGUUCCAUGUCACCAUGCCAGAGGGACCAUCACUCCGUGUCCUGCUGCAGGACCCUGAGGAGAGGAGGAAGCUGGGCAAAGCGCAUCUGAAGAAAGCCAUCAUGAAGCACGAGGAAGCCAUGAGGAUUCACGGCUUGUGUAAGAUCCUCAGGAAGAUGGAUAUCCUGCAGGAGGUCCUCUCCUUUGCCCACAAGCGUUCGUUGAGCAAAUACUCCGAAAUCGACCAUGAGGAGGACUUCUUUGAAACUGGAGAUGCUCCAGAUAUUCACCCCAAAACGCACCAGAAACCAGAGAUCAAAUCCCCCAGCUUCUCCCAGGUGAAGGUGACCGACCUCUUCCACAGGCUGGGGCCCCUUUCGGUUUUCUCAGCCAAAAACAAGUGGUACCCAGUGCGGAGAGUCCAUCUGAUGAGAGGAGAGAAUGGGUUUGGAUUCACACUCCGAGGAGACUCCCCUGUCCUCAUUGCUGGGGUUAUCCCAGGGGGCUGUGCUUCUGAAGCUGGAUUGAAGGAAGGAGACUACAUCAUCUCAGUGAAUGGCAAGGACUGCAAGUGGUCCAAGCAUGCUGAGGUGGUGCAGCUGCUAAAGAGCACUGGGGAGGAGGGCGUGGAGAUCGGUGUGAUAACCCUGCAGGGCUCAGAGGGACCCAAAGCUGCAGACAAGAAGGCAGCAGCAAUGUCCUCAGGCAGCGGGGUGCUGAAGAGCAACAAGGAGAACAGCCGGAAGAGCCUGAUGAACAGCAAGAGUGCCAGCACCCUGCUGGUGUGGAGCAAGAAGAGCAAGCGGAGCAAGAAGAGCACCUACGGCAUCCCCUUCACCACUCCAGGGCUGGCUGCCCAUGAACCCUUGCAAGCACUGGUGGCCUCCAGGCUGUGCUGGUGUCGGUGCUGCAAGGAACCCCCCAGUCCCAGGGAUGUGCCGCUGGUCGGAUCCUCUCCAAAGAGGCAAGUGAUGCAUAGCACCAGCUCCUCUAUCUCCCAGCUCCUGUGUUAAACCAUCUUAAGCCUAAACAGUAUGGGGAAACACUGAUUUAUCCUUGAUUUUUUAGCUUUCAUUUUGCUCUUAGGGGAGAGCUGGAGGGGAGCUGUGCUUCAGUACAAAGCAGGGAUUGGUUUGUGUCUUCUGCUUGGUGCGAGGAGCAGCCAAACCAAACCCCAGCCAUUAAAGCAAAAGCUGUAACCUUCUUUAGGAUCUCCUAGGCUUUCUCUGCAAGGUAGAGGGUGGCACCACUGCUCACCAGGAGCUGCUGGCAGAGCUGAAUCCAGUUCCACCUUCAACUCCGCCUUUCAGGAGAGAGGAUAGUGUGGGAUUUGUGAUCCCAUUGUGGGUUCCAGCACAGGCAGCACCGGGCUGCGCAUCUCUGCCGUGAUACCAGUUACAGGAUGUCCCAGUAAAAUGGGUUGAAAUUAGAAUGGUUUUGACCAUUUUAGUGCUUUUUGUUUGUGUUUUAUUAAUAACCACCCAGGUUGGUGCAGCAAAUGCAGCCCAGCUGCUUCUUUGUAAGAAAAGGGAAAGACUUAAGGUGCAUUUGUCUCGCUUCUUUUAAUCAGUAGACGUGGAUUGCCCUAAAUAUGUGAGUAGAUUAAUAGCUAAGAGCCUUGCUGGGUUUUUUUUGCUUGGUAUGAGAUUAAAAUUCCAGGAAGAUAGCUCCUCCAGAUUAUUAAACUACUAAAUUUGUGCUAGUAUUGGAUCUUGCACACGUUGCUAAUACCCUAACACUGUGCUGUCAGCAUUCGUACCAGAGCUGGGCUGAUGGAUACAUGCAUCUUGGUAAUUGUACUGGAAAUGCUGGGAGACUCCGAAUACACUCUUAGAUAUAUUGGCACCAUUUUCUCCAUCCCAUUUCUGCCUCGUGCAUUAUUUUUCUGAAGGCUAAAGAGCUGUCUGCUCUUCAGUGCUUGGAUGAUCUUGGUAGGUAUAAAAUACCCUUCAGAGAUGCAAUUGUAUUUUUGUACUUUUUAAGUGGUGACACAUUUAGUUUAAAGGAGUGAACGUGCAAGGGAUAUCAUCACGAGUGCAUCCCCAUGGGGUUGUAUCAUUCUUGGUGGCACAAUGCCUGAGUGCUGAGCUUUCAGCCCUGGUUAUAGUUAGGGAGAACUGAAUAAUAGAAUCAUGGAAUGGUUUAGGUUGGAAAGGACCUUAAGAUCAUCUAGAUCCAGCCUCCCUGCCGUGGGCAGGGAUGCCUUACAGUAGAGCAGGUUGCUCCAAGCUCUGUCCAGCCUGGCCUUGGAGCAUUCACCACUUCUUUGGGCAACCUGUUCCAGCGCCUCACCGCCCUCCCAGUAAAGAACUUCUUCCACAGGGCUUCUAGCUCUGUAUUAACAACCAAGACGCCUCUCUAUAGACCGAGACAUCAUCAAACCGGAUUAGAGAUCCGGCUGCCACCAUCUGGUGCAGUCAGAUUUCCUGCGUCAUCUUCCCAGCUGCUUGAGUGCUAAGGAAGGCGGUGGGUUCACAGGAAAGGCCACCUUCCUGUUAAAGCAUCCCAGCAGCAUCUUCCCCCUGAUUCUAAAUGUGUUGCCAACAGGGACAUCUUGGAGCUGGGGAUGUAUUUAUUUAGAAGCCUGCACGUCGCGUUUCCACCCGCAUCACCCAACUCCUCCAUUGGCAUCAGCGGAGGGGUUGUGUGUUGUGUGAGUUGGAUGGUUUCCCUAACACCAGUGGUUUUGUUUUGGUUGAUUUUGUACAUGGACUCUCACCUUUUAUGAAUUAAAAAGCACUGAUUCCAAAACA